GCCAAAGUUGUUGUUUUGUAAGAAUCAAGACCAUUGUCAGAUUGUGUUUGUCAUUUCGAUUACUGCUGUGUAUUGUUUGACUAAUUAGUAUUGCUCGUUUAAGUCUCCCGGUGAUCUUUUGUGCGACCUGGUCUAUUUGUAAGUGCGCGUGCCCGCAUUUAUAAUCAGCCCCCAGUCCGCAUUUUCUGUCAGUCAGAAACAAAAUGGCAAAGCUAGGGAGAAAGCGUACGGAAUCAGGCACAAGCACGGGCAGUGGAAAAGCUCCUGUUCCAGUGGAGGAGUCGGUCAAACUAAAGCCUAAGAUCACUCUGGCGAAUGGUGUGGCCAUUAUUGUGGGCACGAUCAUAGGAUCGGGGAUCUUUCUCACCCCAAAAGGCGUCUUGGAAGGGAGCGGCAGUGUUGGCUUUUCGUUGAUCAUCUGGGCGGCUUGUGGCAUCGUAUCACUGAUAGGAGCUCUCUGCUAUGCUGAACUGGGAACAACUAUCGUGACGUCUGGCGGUGACUACAUCUACAUCUUGAGAGCGUUUGGUCCCUUCUGGGCUUUCCUCCAACUAUGGGUGAACUUGAUUGUCAUCAGACCGACUGCCCAGGCGAUUGUGUCGUUGGUAUUUGCCAAUUACGCCUUACAACCCUUUUUCCCAUCAUGCGUUGUACCAGAUCCAGCUGUCAGAUUACUAGCAGCCCUCUGCAUAGGUAUACUGACUUUUGUGAAUGUGAUGAACGUAAGAUGGGCGACGAGAAUCCAGGACAUAUUUACUAUUGCGAAACUCCUGGCCUUGGUCAUCAUCAUCAUGACAGGACUUGUCAUGCUCGGAAUGGGAAAAAUCAGCAAUUUCACGGAUUCCUUUGAAGGCACCACGAGAGAUGUUGGAAAAGCGUCACUGGCAUUCUAUUCUGGCCUGUUUGCUUAUGCGGGAUGGAAUUUCUUGAACUUCGUCACAGAAGAAUUAAAAGAUCCCUACAGGAACCUGCCACGUGCCAUCUACAUCAGCAUCCCAAUCGUCACCACAAUAUACGUAUUGGUCAACCUGGCGUACUUCACAGUUGUCUCGCCGUUUGAGAUCUUGGAGUCGAACGCGGUGGCUGUGACAUUCGGAGACAAGGUGUUUGGUGUCAUGGCUUGGAUUGUUCCGGUCUUCGUGUCUCUCUCCUGUUUCGGAACAGUCAACGGUCUGCUUUUCACAUCGGGCAGAUUAUUCUUUGUUGGUGCUCGAGAACAGCAACUCCCCAACUUUUUGGCCAUGAUCCACGUAGAAAGGUUCACACCUAUGCCUGCCCUGUUAUUCACAGCUGGUCUGUCUCUACUCAUGUUGGUCUCCAGCGACAUGUUUGCCCUCCUCAACUACAUGAGUUUUGCUCAGUGGUUGUCUGUCGGAGCCUCGAUAGCUGGGAUGCUGUGGCUCAGAUACAAGGAACCUGACCGACCGCGGCCUAUCAAGUUCCACCCAAUCAUCCCAGUGACGUUCCUGAUGUUCGUCGGGUUCCUCCUCAUUUUGCCUCUCCAUGCGGCGCCCAUGGAUACGGGGAUCGGUCUCCUCAUCAUCUGCACCGGUAUACCUGUCUACAUCAUAGGACUCGCUUGGAAGAAGAAGCCAAAAGCUUUCGUUAGAUUCAUUGAAAAGCUUACUCAUGCGGGACAAAAAAUGAUGAAAGUUAUGUAGGCACACGAUCUAAAGUUAAUUUGACACGCAAAGGUCAGAAGCUGAUGUCGGUCGUGCCACAGGAGACCCCCAGCAAGGACUAGAAUAGGAAAGUCGCAUUUAUGGGUCAUCAGUUAACAUAUCGAUGGCAUUUGGAAGAAAGAAUGUUAAUGAAAUCGUGUACGAGCAAAAAAUUACAAUGGAAAGACGAGAAUGUUCAGAAACAAUUCGUUGGAAAGGAAUACCAAAAUCCAUGCAUUGAAUUAAAUUUUUAUUUCUGCCACCAGGGUGCAGCAGUGUCUAGAAUGUAGUUUGAAUUUGUGUCUUUAAUGAGAGUAGAUCAGACUUUGUUGGAGCAGCUUGAAAGAGACAAAUUCAAUGUUUGGAUUAAAUUUGAUUUGCAUUUCUGCCACCAGGUUGCAACGGCACCAGGAAUGGAGUUGGAAUCUGUACGUCGAGAUCUGACUUCAAAGGUGCAGCUUUUAAAGGACAUGUUUUAUUUGAACGUAAUAUCAACGAUUUGGCGUGAAUGUAUUUUAGUUGUAAAUUGCUUGACAAGUUCUGAUCAAAUUACUGUAAACCGUCAAACCUUCGUGCCUAUUGUUUUCAAUUAUUCUAGCAGAUUUAAUGAAUAAUGUCAAUUCCCGAAGAAGAAAAUACGUUUUCUUGAUAAAUCGCGAGUCUGCUGAAAUACAAUUUGUGAAAUCUUUUAGAUUUUUGCCGACCGAUGCGAAAAUCUGGUGAAUUGCUCAUUUUCACUUGCCAAUAGACUUGAUAUAUCGCGUUUGCUGUUUCAAUGUUCACGAUUUCAAAAUUUGGGUUCGAUGGUGCAUUCGAAUACUCACGAAGAUUUCUCGGUUUACAGUCAUCUAGUGUCCUUCAUUGCAUAAUCAAAAAAGCACAAAGGGACGUUUGUCCACUUGUGUUAGGUUUUGGCGAAUCUGGAGGCAGUUGCUUCACUUCCUCCUGUUGGGGGUAUUUUAGAGGUGGAGUUUCAAACUCAUGGUUUUUCUCCCUGUAGAAUCAUUUCCCAAGACUGCCGAGAAUCUUUUUUUAUCAAGCCUUCCAACUUACCGAGCGGCCUCCCAACAACACUGUUAUUCCAACUUAAUUGAAUAACUUCUACCUUUUCCAGGACAGGCCAGCUCAGCAAACUGGAAGACCUGUCUGAUUCUUGGCACUGUGGGGAGUUGAUUCUCCAGGGUGGGGUAAUUAAGACUCCCGAGUCUUCUUGCCCGAAGUUUCUAAAUGUGAAAAAAAACAGCAUGACUGGUGGUCUAUGUUGAAGUUGGUCUAUCGUAAAACGGUUCUCUCCACACUCUAGGUCAGCAUUACUGAGGCUGCAUUAGUCUAUGCCUGUACCAAAAAAAUUAGAAAAAAAUUAGAAAAAAACUAGAAAAAUGAAAAUAUUAGAGGCUUCCAAUUUUCUGUUGUACUAUGUAAAAUGGCUUUGCUGAAUAGAACCUUUGCAAAUAUGUCUGUAAAUGACUGAAUUUCUGGGCCUAUGUGUGGAAAUUUCUUAAAAGAAUUGCCAUCCUGUAGAUGGCGAUGGAGUAAUUCACGAAAGAAUUAUUCAUUGUUUGCUAAAUUUUGCGUAUAGAACAAAAACUCUUUUGAAACUAAUAGCUGGUGACAGUGAAUAUUGACACAAAGCUUAUCAGAAGUAUUUGAAAAAUGGCUGUUCUCCCAAUCAUGCCAAUAGGGUACAUGCAAAUGGUCGCUAUUACAAUGUACAUGGUGCUGACUGUCAACGCGGGUGUUGCAUUGUAGGUCAGGGCCCAGUUGUUCACAACAAGUUUUGUCACUGUUCCCAGCAUUGAUUAACUUGGCGUCUGAUCUAAUGCACAUAACUGAAGAAGGUAAUGCCAAGUAAGCUAACGCCAGCGUUCGUGACAACACUUGAUUAAAUCAAGUGUUGUCACGAACGAAAAGUAAACCGAAGUCGGGAGUUUUUUUACACAGAAAUGAAAUAUGCAAACAAUUUUUUUCUCAAAAUCGUAUUUAUUGAAAUUUAAGGGUAUUUUAGGAGCACCUUUUUUUCAAAGGGUUUUUCAGGUUUUUCAGGGGGCGUGCGAACCCUGUGAUUUGAACAAUCGGACCUAUAGAGUCGUAACGUCAUUUCAGCCAUCAUGACAUACUUCUGACGCCUACCCUAGUGAAAGUCAACGUCUGCUAUAAGUAUUUGGAUGCUGAUACGCGAUCGUUUAUUGAUCUACUGUCACUUUCUGUCAGUUAUUUAAGAGAGUAUACUAAAAUGGCUUCAUUAGGUUGCGGUGGCUUGUAAUUUGAAACAAGCCAUUUUAGACUAUUUAAAAAAAAAACAGAAAAAAAGUAAUGUCAUUGUGUUGUCUUAACUCAGGCUUAAACAUUGUUGCACUGGUUUGUGUUAUGAAACAUAUCAAUUUGCAAAUAAUGUUGUAUAAAAAAUCUAAAAA